AUGGCUUCGAGCUCGAUCGACUUCCGCCCCGACUUCCGACACACUGAAUUUUCGAUCGAGCCGUACCUCAAACAGCACCUGCGCCUCAAGCUCGACUCGGACUCGACGCUCUGUCAGCCCUUCGCGACGACCGGUACAUGUCCUCUCGGAGCAUCCUGUCCAUUGCGACAUGUCAGUGCCGCACCUACCAACUUCCAGCCCCCGCCACCAGUGCCUCAGAAUGCGCAUGGGAGGACGGUGUGCAAGCAUUGGCUCAGGGGCUUGUGCAAGAAGGGCGAUCGUUGCGAUUUCCUGCACGAGUACCACCUCCGCAAGAUGCCCGAGUGCUGGUUCUUUGCCAAGUAUGGCUUCUGCUCCAAUGGUGACGAGGUCAGUUUUGUGUUGCGCUAGCUCUUGAUGGCCUGAGUCGCCUCUAGUCAACCGUGGUCGUGCGAUUCCUCGAUGCUGACACUGGCUUCUCCACCUUCCACAGUGCAUGUAUCUCCAUGUGACCGACGACAUGCGGAUACGCGAAUGUCCAAACUACCGUAAGGGCUUCUGCAAGCUAGGUGAGCAACUGUUGCUUUCCGCAUACCUCGCUCAAUUCGCUCGUGCUGACCCUCUCUUUCACUUGCUGUCAUCUCUUCCGCACCAUUCCUGGAUAUGAAACUCGAAGGCCCCGAGUGUCCUUUGAAGCACAUCCGAAAAGUCGCUUGCCCCGACUACAUCGCAGGCUUUUGCAGCAAAGGACCUGAUUGUCGCCUCGGACAGUGAGUCGUGACGCUGCUCCUCUUGGCUCGCGUGAAUUCGGUAUGCUGACUUUCCUGCCGUCGCUUACCUACUUUGAAACCUCACCUUCAGUCCCAAAUUUGAGCCCGAGCCUGAACCACCGUCGUCGUCAACACGUAUCCCCGACGUUUCGGGAGCUCGUUUCUUACCUGAAGCGACAUUCCGUCUGCACCGUAAAGACUGGCUCGACUUUGCCGCCGACCCGAAUCACAAGACCAAUUUCGGAGGUGGCGGAGGAGGUUAUACCAACUACAAUCAGCAGGGAGGUGGUGCGGCUGGUGGUGGUGCGGGAGGAAGAACUUUCAGGGACCUUAGGUGAGUGCGCCGUGAUUCAAAGUGCUGUGAAGGGGUAUAGGUGCUGACUCGAUCUGUUUCGGCAUUGCAUAGCACCGUUGAAUGCUUCAAGUGUGGAGAGUUUGGUCAUUUCGCCAAUCUGUGUCCUAAUCCAGCCGUACCGGGCGACCGAGGUGGAUUGAGGAAGAGGCACCAGGAUCAGAAUUGA